AACCCCCUCCCCCACGGAGCCUCCAACUGCAGCAGGCACCGCCUCGACAGCGCUCGCCGAGACCUCGGAGAGGAACCAGCGGAGGCGCUCACUGCGCGCGCGUGAUUCCUCUUGCACGCGGAGUACGGCAGUGGGCGAACGAGGUCGCUCGCUUCGCUGUGAGCCGUACCCCCGGGAUCGGGGGGGUACCCCCUUGCCGGCGACGAGGCGUGGGGGGCCAUGCACCCUGACGCGGCGAUGUACCGCGCCCUGGAGCUGCGCAAGCUGCAGCUGAGUAAAGCGAAGCUCAAAGCGUCCAGCGGCACUUCCGCGCUCCUCUCCGGCUUCGCCAUGGUGGCCAUGGUGGAAAUCGACAUAAAGGACAAGAAGGAGGGCUCGAGUGAAGACGCCAUCCCGCCGGGCCUGCUCGUGGCCUUCAGCAUGUGCACGACGCUGCUGGUGGCCGUGCACCUGCUGGCGCUGCUGCUCAGCACGUGCCUCCUGCCGCACGUGGAGGCCGCCUGCAAUGCAUACCUCGCCGAGCAGAGCCUGCCGGGGACGAACGGCGGCGCGUCCCCGUGGGACGAGCCCGCCGCGGGCGUCGGAGCGGCGCCGGCGGGGCACAAGGCCGCCCAGGCGUUCCACCGCGACGCGUCGCUGCAGUCGCUGCAGGCGGCGGCGACGGCGGCCGACAUGCCGGCGAGACCGGACAGGCCGCACCACCCGGCCGGCCUGCCGCUGCCGCGCCUGCACCGUUACGUGGAGGUGGCCUGGCUGCUCUCCACGGCCGUGGGCACGGUGCUCUUUCUGCUGGAGCUCGGCCUCAUCUGCUGGGUCAAGUUCCUGCCGCUGAACAACGCGGGCGGCAUUAUGGCCGCGUCGGCCGCCAUGUGCGUGACGCUGCUCGCGCUCUGCGCCUUCGUGUUCGUGGCCGUGCGCUUCUACCUGACGCUUGUGGGCCACACGGCCGAGCGGCACUUGCGGGACAUCAAGGCGCUAGACAGGAUGCACGAGGAGCUGUCGUGCGACCCGUCCAUGAUGGGACUGCAGGGCCAAAUGAACGUGUGACCCCUGACCUCUCCCCCCGUGCUGCAGCGCACGUGCCGUUUGUUGGCGGUUUGUGUUACCAUCACCUUCCAUUGUGCCCGGACCAUCUUCUCGGUCAAAUGUGAAAGCGGUCCAGGGCUGAGUGUGGAGGUCGUUCAUGGUGAUGUCAUUUCGCACAAAACGUGAGCCUCACGGCCACAUUUCCUUUUGCUCGGCUCCGAAACGUGGCCACAGGAUUUAGCUCGCCGACCGUACGCACAGUCGUGAAGACGUGUUAAUUGGAACUAGUGUGUUCACUAACUUAUCGCCAUAAUAAUCCCUCCGACACCACUAAGUUUAAGGCAGGAUCGGAGUUUGCGAUGAACACUGAGUGGCCAUGAUCCUGGUUUAUCUGACAUCUUUCUUUCCUGACCCUCUGGAUGUAACUAGACCCCUACUUGAAAUACAUCAUCCCUGGCUGUAA